AUGUCCCUCACUCCCAGGAAGCCCAGGGUCAUCCUGCUGGAAGGGAAGCUAAGGCUCAUAGUGAGAUCGACUGGACACAGUCAUGUAGCCGGUCUGGGGCAUGGGGGUCUUUGGAAGUGGGAGGGUGCAGGGCUCCCACUCACUGCCCACCUACCCACUUCUAGAUCUUGUCCUUUGCUGGCUGUGGAGCGGAUUGGGCAGCGGCCCCUGUGGGCCCAGCCUGAGCCAGCUAUGCGGCCUCUGCCUGCCGGGGCCUUCCUGGAGGAGGUAGCAGAGGAGACCCCAGCCCAGCCAGAGAAUGAGCCCAAGGUGCUAGACCCAGAGGAAGAUCUGCUCUGCAUAGCCAAGACCUUUUCCUACCUUCGGGAAUCUGGCUGGUAUUGGGGUUCCAUUACUGCCAGCGAGGCCCGGCAGCACCUGCAGAAGAUGCCAGAGGGGACAUUCCUAGUACGUGACAGCACCCACCCCAGCUACCUGUUCACACUGUCGGUCAAAACCACCCGUGGCCCCACCAACGUGCGCAUUGAGUACGCCGACUCCAGCUUCCGCCUGGACUCCAACUGCCUGUCCCGGCCACGCAUUCUGGCCUUCCCAGAUGUGGUCAGCCUUGUGCAGCACUACGUGGCCUCCUGUGCUGCUGACACCCGAAGCGACAGCCCUGACCCUGCCCCCACGCCCGCCCUGCCUGUCUCUAAGGAAGAGGCGCCUGGUGACACAGCGCUGCCAGCCCCCGCAGCUACCGCGGUGCAUCUGAAACUGGUGCAGCCCUUCGUGCGCAGGAGCAGUGCCCGCAGCCUGCAGCACCUGUGUCGCCUGGUCAUCAACCGCCUGGUGCCCGACGUGGACUGCCUGCCACUGCCCCGGCGCAUGGCCGACUACCUCCGACAGUACCCCUUCCAGCUCUGACCCGGCCGAGCAGCAUCCUGGCCUCAUCCAGCUGUCCUCUGGAGGGGACACUGGCCCCAGCUGGACUUGGGCUCUCGCUGUCUCUCCUCCAGCCAUCUUGGUGCCCACAGGCUUCUGGCAGCUGGACUAGGAAGAGUCAGCAGGAGGAAGGGCAGGGCAAGGAGUCGUGGGAAGCAUCCUGCAACCUGGAGGUCGCACCCCCAGCUCACAUGUAGCUCCAUGGUGGCGAGCCAUGUGUCAGAAAAGAGGGAGACAGGCAGGAUCCUGUGUUACCCCUUGGGCUGGGCCUGGGUCCCCACACGCCUGCUGCAGCCUCCUGAACUAUGUAGACUUUGCCGCCUGGAUGCUCAGGUCGCAGGGUGGGGCAGGCCUCCUCCUUCCAGCCUGACUUUCUCAGGAGGAUGGCUGCUAGAGGAACUGAGGUUGACAGUGACGGUCCCCUGGUUGGGGAGCAGGCCAGGCUGGAGACUGCACAGCUAUUCAGUAUUUAUUUAUUUAUUAUCCUUGGGUUGGUCUCAGGGGGGACCCAACCCCACCUCUCUGCCCUGGGCCCCAAGUGCUCUGGAGACCCCAGCUCUGCCCAAGCUUCUCUGGUUCCCCCCUGCGGAGACCUCUAUCCUGAGACAGGGUGCUGGACCCAAGACAGUCAUGGAAGUCCUGGUGCUGGCUCCCCACCUGGGAAUGUGUCCACCCUCUUCUGCACCAGCCCUGUUUUGGGAGAGUGGACAAAUGGACAAGAAAAUGGAGCCAAAGCUUCAGCACCCAGCAGAGCCUGACGCUCAGCCCCGGCAGGGCAGGGCCCCAUCUGCACAGAGCUGGUCUUGCUGCUGCCACUCCGCUCUGCUGGCUUCGUUUCCUGCCCAGGAAGGUGCCUGCCUGUCCCCUGCGACAGGGAAAGAUACAUAUCUGAUAAGACUUUAUAAAAUAAUUAUUAUAACAAAAAACAACAACAACACAGUUUGGUAGUCUUUUUUCUUCCACUGAUUUUUCUAUGAUGACAAUAAAAUUGUACCUUUUAUUUGUGGGGCCCUGAGUGGGGCCUUUUGAGUUCUGUA